AGAAGCCCAGCGCAGCCCCCCAGGCCCGGCGCGGCCAUGGAUCUGACGAGCGGCUCGGGCGGCGGCGGCGGCGGCGACCCCCGGCAGAUCGAGGAGACCAAGCCGCUGCUGGGGGGCGACGUGCCGGCCCCCGAGGGCACGAAGAUGGGCGCCGUGCCGUGCCGCCGGGCCCUGCUGCUGUGCAACGGCAUGAGGUACAAACUGCUGCAGGAGGGCGACAUCCAGGUCUGUGUCAUCCGGCACCCGCGGACCUUUCUCAGCAAGAUCCUCACCUCGAAAUUCCUGAGGCGCUGGGAGCCGCACCACCUAACGCUGGCCGACAACAGCCUGGCGUCCGCCACGCCAACCGGGUACAUGGAAAACUCCGUCUCCUACAGCGCCAUCGAGGACGUGCAGCUGCUGUCCUGGGAGAAUGCUCCGAAGUACUGUUUACAGCUCACGAUCCCCGGGGGAACAGUCCUACUGCAGGCUGCGAACAGCUACCUGCGAGACCAGUGGUUCCAUUCCCUGCAGUGGAAGAAAAAAAUUUACAAGUACAAGAAAGUCCUCAGCAACCCCAGCCGCUGGGAAGUUGUCUUGAAAGAGAUCCGGACCCUGGUGGACAUGGCCCUCACGUCCCCGCUGCAGGAUGACUCCAUCAACCAGGCCCCACUGGAAAUCGUCUCCAAACUGCUCUCAGAGAACACAAACCUGACCACCCAGGAGCAUGAAAACAUCAUCGUGGCGAUCGCCCCGUUGCUGGAGAACAACCACCCACCGCCGGAUCUCUGUGAAUUCUUCUGCAAGCACUGCAGGGAGCGGCCCCGGUCCAUGGUGGUCAUCGAGGUGUUCACCCCCGUGGUCCAGAGAAUCCUCAAGCACAACAUGGACUUUGGGAAGUGCCCGCGACUAAGGCUGUUUACUCAGGAGUACAUCCUUGCCUUGAACGAGCUCAACGCGGGGAUGGAGGUGGUGAAGAAGUUCAUUCAGAGCAUGCACGGCCCCACCGGGCACUGCCCCCACCCCCGGGUCCUGCCCAACCUGGUGGCUGUGUGCCUGGCCGCCAUCUACUCCUGCUACGAAGAGUUCAUCAACAGCCGCGACAACUCCCCCAGCCUGAAGGAGAUCCGGAACGGCUGCCAGCAGCCCUGCGACCGGAAGCCCACCUUACCUCUGCGCCUUCUGCACCCCAGCCCGGACCUGGUGUCUCAGGAAGCCACGCUGUCCGAGGCGCGGCUCAAGUCGGUGGUCGUGGCCUCCAGCGAGAUCCACGUGGAGGUGGAACGCACCAGCACUGCCAAGCCGGCGCUGACGGCCAGCGCGGGCAACGACAGCGAGCCCAACCUCAUCGACUGCCUCAUGGUCAGCCCCGCCUGCAGCACCAUGAGCAUCGAGCUGGGCCCCCAGGCCGACCGCACGCUCGGCUGCUACGUGGAAAUCCUCAAGCUGCUGUCGGACUACGAUGACUGGAGGCCGUCGCUGGCCAGCUUGCUUCAACCCAUUCCGUUCCCCAAAGAAGCCCUCGCGCAUGAGAAGUUCACCAAGGAGCUGAAGUACGUCAUUCAGAGGUUCGCCGAGGACCCACGACAAGAGGUGCACUCGUGCCUGCUAAGCGUGCGGGCGGGCAAGGACGGCUGGUUCCAGCUCUACAGCCCUGGAGGGGUGGCCUGUGACGACGACGGGGAGCUCUUCGCCAGCAUGGUGCACAUCCUCAUGGGCUCCUGUUACAAGACCAAAAAAUUCCUGCUCUCCCUGGCCGAAAACAAGCUGGGCCCCUGCAUGCUCCUGGCGCUGAGGGGGAACCAGACCAUGGUGGAGAUCCUGUGCUUGAUGUUGGAAUACAACAUCAUCGACAACAACGACACCCAGCUGCAGAUCAUCUCAACCCUGGAGAGCACGGACGUGGGCAAGCGCAUGUACGAGCAGCUGUGCGACCGGCAGCGGGAGCUGAAGGAGCUGCAAAGGAAAGGUGGGCCCACCCGGCUAACACUGCCCUCCAAGUCCACAGACGCUGACCUGGCGCGUCUCCUGAGCUCCGGCUCCUUCGGCAACCUGGAGAACCUCAGUCUGGCCUUCACCAACGUCACCAGUGCCUGCGCGGAGCACCUCAUCAAACUGCCUUCUCUCAAGCAGCUCAACCUGUGGUCCACUCAGUUCGGAGACGCCGGCCUGCGGCUCCUGUCGGAACACCUCACCAUGCUCCAGGUGCUCAACCUGUGCGAGACCCCGGUCACCGACGCCGGCCUGCUGGCCCUCAGCUCCAUGAAGAGUCUGUGCAGCUUAAACAUGAACAGCACCAAGCUCUCGGCGGACACCUACGAGGACCUGAAGGCCAAGCUGCCCAACUUGAAGGAGGUGGACGUCCGCUACACGGAGGCCUGGUGACGCUCCCAGCGGCUGGAGGACCUCGCACCACGACAAACAGCUCUCGACUCGUAGCCGUAGCGCGGCCGGUCCUGGGCUCCCUCCCAGCGCCCUGGCUGCGAGCUAGAUGGGGGAGUCUUUCUGGGGGCGGA